AGACUCGCAGUCGCUCAAAGCAAUAAGGAACGAGCGAACUCACAUCUGGCGACCUUCUCUUCUUCUCUGGUGGAGAACAACUACGCCCGCUAAUCUCGGUUUGCAGCAAAUUCAACCCCAAAUUAAUGAUUUCGAAGAGGUGUUCUAUUCGCCACUGCGCUGUGGCCUCCAAAUACGGCUCCAUCACGGAUUCAUCAACUACUUUCUCAUUAAAGACAGAACCGACUGGGUAAUGCUGUCCAUCGACGAUGGUGGUAACAUGCUCCCAAUUAACAUUGUGGUUCCAAUAAGCGAUGUAUUCUUAACAAAGCAAUUAUCAUUCAAUUAUUGCAGGUAAAAAGAAACGUUCGUUUGACUCACUCUGAAACACUGGAACAAUUUUUUGAAAACUUUCGUUUCUAAGUUGUCGAGUUUCUGUUUCUCGACAGCGUACUUUGUUUCCAUCAACGCCUUUCUCAUGCUCAUCCACAUAACAACAACACAUUCCAGAAACACUUGAUUUCGUUUCCACACUUGGCUGUCUUCAUCUUGAAGAUGAGAGGGACAAUCUCACGGCGCACACUUUCUGAAGUUUCAACUUGCAGACGUGCUAGAACUUCUUCCAUUGGUGCCACAUCAAAGAACCUUAUAUACCGAUGUCCUUUGAGCAUUUUUAGCAUCUGAAAAGCUGCCACUCUCACUCGCUCAUUUUUGUCAUUGAUGCCAUUAAGUGUUAUACAUUUGAGAGCAUGUUCAGCUGCAUUCAAACAUGCUGGUACACCUAUGAGAUAACGCAUCCCCUCGAAUACAGCCAACCUCACGCCGACAACCGAAUCGCGAGACAAAGUAUCCACAAUCUGAAUAUGUAAGGAUUAGUCAAAUUUGA